AUGACUCGAUAUUAAUUGGACUAAUAAGAAUUAGUCAAUAGGAAACGAAAAUAUCAGGAGACUCUUGAAAUGCAACUUAAAUCAAAGCGAGAUGAAAUAGACUAUAUGAAACUGGAAAAAGACAGACUUAGAGGUCAAAUUAAGGAGAGAGCUGAUUAUAAUCGGAGUCAAGAAAUGCAGAUGAAGGAAUUAAGGAUGGGCUAGCAACGAUAAUAUAAAAAGAUGCUAGAUGAUCAAUCUAUGUAGAGUCAAAUAAUUUCUAUGGCUAGGCUAAAUUAACAGUAUAUUAAUAGUAGCAAUGACCUAGGUUCCAAGUCACAAUCAAGGCAGACUAAUCAAUAUAAGACUGAUAACGAGCUAUUGAAUUUUAAAGAUUACGCUCACUGA